CGCUUGGUGAGCCACGACGCAGCGCAGCCUGGAGAGCAGCGGAUAGCAGAGCGACGGACAGGAGAGCUGUGCCUGUAAUAGUAAGCUUACCUGUGUGCCAAUAAAGCUGUGUGUGUGACACUACACCUCCUCUCUGUCAUCCUUAUCCCUGACUGUGGACAAGAGUCUCCACAAGUGGCGCCUGAACAGGGACAUGACAGAGGAGGUAGCGGUGCAGAGCCCGCUAGGGCUGAUCCUUCAGCGUCUGGGGGCCAUGCACGAGGGCACCGCGGCCCUCCAGCAACAGCAGAGCCAGACGCUCGUAGACCUGGCGGCGUACCAGAAGGCGGACCGAGACCUCCUGCAGGGAAUGCUCCGGUCAUCGGCUGCCCCGGAGGUUGAGUCGGGAGGCGGGAGGCGGGCCAGCCCAGCUCCUGCGGGUCGCAGUGCAGAAGAUGACGGCGGAGGACGACCCCGAGGCCUUCCUGGACAUCUUCGUGGGCACGGCAGAGGCAUGCGGGUGGCCGCAGGCGGAGUGGGGGAUACGACUGCUCCCCCUGCUGUCCGGGGAAGCCCAGCGGGCCGCCCAUACCCUGCCUGCGACCUCCAGAUACGACUACAACCAGCUCCGGAGGGCGAUCCUGGACCGGUUUGGCAGCACUGUUCGGAGCCUGCCCUUUGAGGACGCUGGCCGACCCUUCGCCUUCGCCCAGCAGCUCCUCGACUCGGCUAGGCGCUGGCUCCAGCCGGGAGUCAACUCCGUUGAGGACAUCGUCGGGCAGGUGGCCCUUGAGCAGUUCAUCGCCGGACUCCCCCCCUCCUCGGCGAACUGGAUCCAGUGCCACCGUCCGGCCAGCCUUGAAGCCGCCGUCAGACUCGCGGAGGACCACCUCUCCCUUCCCCGGCGGAGCCUGGGGGCCGAAGCCCGGGCCAUCUCUCCCCCACAGCUCCGGCCCGUUCCAGCCCCGAGGAGGUUCCGGCCUGCCGUGGGGGCCGCUGGCCCUGGCACUACGCCAUACGUCAUGGAGGUGGGGCAGCUGGUCCGGAUUGUGGCACCGCCAGACUCCUCCCCGGUCCGGAAGGGAUGUACCGUGUACCGGUAUGUAUACAGGGGGGUAUUCACCAAGCUCUGUGGGACUCGGGAUGUACGCAGACCAUGGUCCACCAGCGCUUGGUUCGGCCCGGGGCGUUGCUGGAGGCGUCGGGGGUGAAGGUGAGGUGUGUGCAUGGGGAUAUUCACGAGUACCCGGUGGUGACCCUGGUAAUUUCAUUUAAGGGGAAAAAGCAUAGAGUUAAGGCUGGAGUUAGUACUCGCCUCACGCACCCCCUGAUACUGGGAACGAAUUGGCCGGGUUUUGACAAGAUAGCAGGGAAGACUGGGGGGGUGCGUUCACGGGCGGUAGGGAAAUGUGAGUUGUGUGCGGUGUUCAAUGGGGAGACGGAGGUGGCGAACGCCGGGGAGGGAAGGGCAGGGCCGUAGGAGGCUUGUGAUGAGCUUCCACCGUUACGUCCGGUGGAGGACUUUCCCCUCGA